AUGGGCACCGGGAAGAAAGAGGCUACCCGGCGUGUUCGCCAGGGUAAGACCGGCGAUGGCAUGGCCAACGUCCGUGUCAAGGGUGAAAACUUCUAUCGCAAUGCGAAGAGGGUGAAGACAUUGAACAUGUACAAGGAGGGUAAAGCUCAGCGUAAUGCAGAUGGUCAAAUCACAAAGGCCGCCACCUGGCAGUCCCGCGACGUGCCCACUGCCGUCAUCGAGCCCAACCGCAAGUGGUUCUCUAACACGCGCGUCGUGUCCCAGGACACCCUCACAGCCUUUCGCGAGGCUAUGGAAGAGAAGAGCAAGGACCCGUACACCAUCCUUCUCAAGUCCAACAAGCUGCCUAUGACGCUCAUCCGCGACGGCAAGGACACCAACGGUCUCAAGCAGCACAAGGCCAAGAUGGCGCUCGAGACGGCGCCUUUCUCCGGCGUUUUCGGGCCCAAGUCCCAGAGAAAACGCGUCAAGCUCGACGUGGCCAACUUGGACGACCUAGCCGAAGGUACCGAGAAAAGCAUGGACACGUACGAGGAGCGUCUCGAGCAGGCUAAGCUGCUGAGCGGCGAGUCUGGCAACUCUGAGGAGGACGGCACAUUCGCCAUGGCCAUUGAGCCCGUCUUCGACAAGGGUCAGAGCAAGCGUAUCUGGAACGAACUGUAUAAGGUCAUCGACUCGUCCGACGUUGUUAUUCAUGUUCUCGAUGCUCGUGACCCCAUUGGCACCCGAUGCCGCAGUGUCGAAAAGUACCUACGCGAGGAGGCCCCCCACAAGCAUCUGAUAUUCGUGCUCAACAAGUGUGAUCUGGUCCCCACCGGUGUUUGUGCUGCUUGGGUCAGACAUCUCGGAAAGGAAUACCCCACACUGGCUUUUCACGCCAACAUAAACAACUCUUUUGGCAAGGGCUCUUUGAUUCAGCUUCUUCGUCAAUUCUCCGUCAUCCACUCAGACAGAAAGCAAAUCUCUGUUGGUCUCAUUGGUGGCCCCAACACGGGUAAGUCUUCUAUCAUCAACACCUUGUUGAAGAAGAAGGUGUGCACUGUUGCCCCCAUUCCCGGCGAGACAAAAGUCUGGCAAUACGUUACUUUGAUGAAGCGCAUCUACCUGAUCGAUUGUCCCGGAGUCGUUCCUCCUACCUCUCAGGACACCCCUACAGACCUUGUUCUUCGUGGUGUCGUCCGUGUUGAAAAGGUCGACAAUCCUGAGCAGUACAUCACUGCCCUUCUGAGCAAGGUCAAGCGCCGCCAUAUGGAAAAGACCUAUGACCUGACCAACUGGAGCAACGCGACGGAACUGCUUGAGCUCUUGGCGCGCAAGGGUGGUCGUCUUCUCAAGGGUGGCGAGCCUGAUCUUGAUGGUGUCGCCAAGAUGAUGCUCAACGACUUUAUGCGUGGCAGAAUCCCCUGGUUCACGCCCCCUCCCCUUACCCCUGGCGAGGACGGCGAGACUAGAGCUGGCCGUCAGGGUCGCCUUGGUGAGAUGCCCAAGAAGCGAACCCAGGCAGAGGCUUUCGACAAGGCUGCCGAGGCCCAGCUCCAGGAGGAAAAUGAGAAGGAGGGCAGUGAUGAUGAGGACGAGGACGACUCGUUUGAGGGCUUUGGUAGUGACACCGAUGGACCUUCUCGCAAGGCCUCUUUCGGUGCCACUUCCGGCGAUGGUAGUGACGAAAGUGUCGACGAGGAAGCCGAGGCGGAGGAGGAGGCGGAAGAGGAGGCGGCGCUUGAGCAGGAGCCUGAACCCACUGUCCGUGUCACGCGCUCCAGCAAGCGCCUCAAGAGGUGA